GGAAUACUCCCCCCCCCCCCACAAGAGAUCGAGGGGUGGGGAAAGGUUGGUGGGUAUUGACUGAGAGGUGGAGAUGGUCUAGACUGUUUGCAGCCCCAUUUCUCUUUCUCUCUGUGGGGAGUCUGCUACUGAGUUUAUGAAUGACAAAUACAAAAAGAAGAGGGGAGUGGCUGUUGAUUUUUCUCUAUCUCUCAGGGUACUGUGCCUUGUAGUCAGAAAGCAGCAGACGGUGCACCUCUGCAGGAUUUGCCUCCUCCCGCCCGGUCCCCGCUGGCAGUGAGGGAGUGGAGGGGGAAAACGCUUGCACACCCGCCGCGCCUUUUGUCCCUCUCGGGGCCCCGUCGCCCCGGGGUGUGAUGGGAGAGACCAUGUCGAAACGGUUGAGAUCGGAGCCGGAGAUGGAGGAGCGCUCGUUCUGUAACCCGUACCCGGACUGCAGAGGGAACGGCGCCGCCUCGGCGCCCACCAGCAGCACCGGGGCGCACGAUCAGCAACAGGAGGCAGCGGACUGCUUCGACUCGAACGGGAAGAUCAAUCCAGCCUUCGUAAAGCGGAUUCAACAUAAAAUCAAAGACCUUUUGAUACAGAUGGAAGAGGGUUUGAAGACUGCAGAUCCUCAUGAUUGUUGUGCUUACACAGGUUGGAUAGGGAUUGCCCUUCUUUAUCUGCAAUGUUUCCGUGUAACACAGGAAUCUGUGCAUCUCCAACGAUCUUUGUAUUAUGUGAAGAGGACUCUGCGUAAUCUGAAUGGGCGAAGAGUCACAUUUCUUUGUGGUGAUGCGGGACCUUUAGCUGUUGGUGCUGUUGUACAUCACAAGUUGAAGAAUCAAAUUGAAUCACAAGAAUGUGUCACAAAAUUGUUGCAACUGCAAGGAACUGUUGUUUGCCUGGAUUCUGAUAUCCCAGAUGAGCUGCUGUAUGGCAGAGCUGGAUACUUGUAUGCUUUACUGUAUGUAAAUAUAGAGAUUGGGCAAGAUACCAUUCCUUUUUCUGUUGUUCAGGAGGUAGUUAAUGCCAUUAUCGAAUCUGGCAAGAAUCUAUCCAAGGAAGAACGCAAAACUGAACGCUGUCCUCUUCUGUAUCAAUGGCACAAAAAACAGUAUGUUGGAGCAGCUCAUGGCCUGGCAGGGAUCUACUAUAUGCUAAUGCAGCCAGGCUCAAAGUUGGAGCAGGAGACCCUCAUGGAGCUAGUAAAACCCAGUGUGGACUAUGUGCGACACAAAAAGUUUAGGUCUGGAAACUACCCUUCAUCAUUAAGCAAUGAAACUGACAGACUGGUCCACUGGUGCCAUGGUGCUCCUGGUGUUAUACACAUGUUGAUUCAGUCUUACAAAACUUUUAAAGAAGAAAAGUAUUUGAGAGAUGCAGUGGAGUGUAGUGAUGUUAUCUGGCAGCGAGGGCUGCUGCGGAAGGGUUAUGGUAUCUGCCACGGAACUGCAGGCAACGGAUACGCUUUCCUCUCUCUAUACAAGUUGACUCGUGAUAAAAAGUACCUGUACAGAGCUUGUAAGUUUGCUGAAUGGUGUUUGGAUUAUGGAACGCAUGGAUGUCGUAUCCCCGAUAGACCAUAUUCCUUGUUUGAAGGGAUGGCUGGAGCAAUUCACUUCUUGUCUGACAUGUUGAAUCCAGAAGCAUCUCGAUUUCCUGCCUUUGAGCUCUGAAGUUCUGCGAGCUUGUGCUAAAUGAUCAAAGGAUUUUGUAUCUGACUUAGAAGGACUUCUUUUCAGUGGAGAAACAUCUUAGUGUCUCCUUUAUGAAUACACAGGCCAAAUCUACCACUAUCUCAAGAAGGAAGACUUUGAAGACAACAAAUGGAGCAAUAGCUCAGAAUAAUUUUAUUGUCUUAGAAUUAGUGCGGCAUUUUGGCUUAAAGAUUAAAAAUAUUAAUUUAAUACCGGUCCUCCUUUUGAUUUGUAUGCAAGCUUACGAUCCUGUGUCUAUGACUGUGUCUUUGUUCUUGUUUGUUGGGAUCUAGUCGUUUGAUAAAUUUCCUUUUAUAGUAGUUAUGUCCUUUUAUGCAUGUGAAGAAGUUGGAUUGUUGAUCCCAUGUUACCACUUGACUUCUGAUUUAUGUUUGGAUGUACCUGUAAAACAGCACUCAAAAUUGUUCAAUUAGUCAGGAUUCUUGGUCAUAUUGCAGAUUUCCAACAAAACUUUGCAUCAAGGCUAGAUUAAACAUAGUUGCUUUUGCUAGAUCUAUCAAUUGGUUUAUAUUGAGGAAAAGUAAUCUAUAUGCUGGCUUUGUAUAAUAGUAACUUUUCAUCCAAAAAUAACUCUUAUCUCAUUCAUUUUCUCUUGUCUCUUUCUUUCUCUUUGUUUCUUUUCUGUUGAAUUAUAAUAGAUGUUUCAUUGUUACAAACAAUUAUUUGGUUGGGACAAAAUUUGUUAUAAGUAUUGGUGGCAACGAGCAAAUAUUACAGAAAUAUGAUAAUACAAAACUAGCGAAGGAAUGAUUUUGACUUCUAUACUCCCAGAAUUGCAAGCUUUUCUUGUGAAAGUAAGCUAAGUUUGUUUACCUAUAGGAAUUACUUUGCUAGAAGUUGGAAAUAAUACUGAAUUUUAUUGAUGUUAGCAAAUUAAUAUAUGUUGAAGUUUGUUGUUUUUCCCUCAAGGUGAAGUAUUAGUGAACCAACCUAUGAAACAUGUAGUGCCAAUUCUGACCUUUUGACCACUUUCAUCUUAACAUUUUAUGGUGAAAGAAUCUGCUAAAUGUCUUAAGUAAUGCUAUAUCAAAUACAGAUUUAGAUUCUCAAUCACUUUUAAAAUGGUGACAUGAGAACUGGUCAGUUCAGUUGUUGUUGUAGUGGCAUUCAAGGUUCAUUCAUUGCUACUGUCUUUUCUAUAAAGCAAAGCUGUGCCACCCAUGGCAAUUCUGCUGUUUGAUGCCAUUUACUUUCAUGGCAGCAUUGAUUUUAAGUCGGUCUUUGAGUCGCAUAAAUUGCAAAAGUAUUGUAUUUAUUUUGUUUCCCUUGUACCGUUUCAAUGCCUUUUCGUUGCUGUUGACAUACAGUAUGAUACCCAAGAUGAAAGAUGGCAUCAGUUGAAAAGUUUAUAAUGUGGUCUUUCCGCUGUCGUGACUGAAUUGACUCCAUACAGACGGUUAACAUUCAUGUUUCCCUCAAUCUAUGCUUUUUUGAUAUGGAGAAAGUAGAACAGGUGCAUGUUCAACAGUCAGGUUAAUAUUUCUGGAGAAGUCUGUUCAGAUGCUGACUGAUCUGUGUAUUUCCAGCAUUUUCUGUUGUUUCAUCCUUCUGUAUUAACUAUUCCAUGUAAACAAUUCUUAUGGAUAUUUUUCAGACAAAACAAUAAAAAAAAAGAAACAACCAUCAAA